AUGUAUGGUUGUCUCUUUGUAUAUGUCGUACUAAUUUGUAAGUCUCAGGGAAAUGUACUGAUCGAUGGCUCUGGAAAUCCCCGUCUCACAGAUUUUGGUCUCGCCGCAGUUAUGGAGGAACCAAAAUUGCAACUAGGGCUUACGACUGUGGCACGUGAUUUAAACUCUCGAUGGCGUGCGCCCGAAGUCAUGGGAAUACGCGAUCCCGCACGACCGAUUUCCAGAAGUGAUAUUCAGCCCGAAUUCCUGCCUGAAUCUCCGCCCGCCCGCCCGACUUUCAUGAGUGAUAUCUAUUCCCUUGGUAGUAUCAUGUUCUUGAUCAUCCCGGGGGAUAUGCCAUGGAAGGGCCAAAAUUCAAGUCAAAUAUCCAUUCAGCUGUCGAAAAAGGCCACUCCCACACGUCCCCAGAACAUCCCUGAUUGUAUCUGGAACUUAAUCCAAAGUUGCUGGUCAUGGGCGCCGGUGGAUCGUCCGGAGUCUACAGAAGUCCUUGAAUCCCUCAAUCAAAUCGGUAUCAAUUUCUUGCAGGUUCGGCGGUCCAUAUAUCUCGCGCUGGCAAAAUCCUGA